AUGAAACACUUUCCCAAGUCUGCGGUGCUCGGGGCGUUAUUGCUUGGAGUUGCGCACGGCAUAUCGGUCCAGGAGAACUACACGAUAUGCAACUGGGCUCGUCUGAGAGCUGGAGUCAUUCGUGAUGCGUUGUACCUGGACGGUGGUUUGCUCUGGUGGCAAACGGCGUUUGCAGAUGGCACCGCGCCGGUCGUGAGCAGUGACGGUAACGUCGAGGGGGACAUGUUCGUUCUGAACUUCUCGACGCCGUUUGAUACCACGAAAACGAACGUGUCAGGCUUGUUUGACCGCAUGGCGAAAGCCGGCGGCGCAGGAAACAACAUCGCCCCGAACUAUGUCGACGGGACCAUGUUCACCAAUGACGGCGAACUGUAUCUCUACGGUGGCCUCCCCCGUCUCACCGACUCCGCUUCGCCACAGAGCGCCGAAACCGUCCUGGGAUACGAAGCCUACCAAUACGGUCCGGACCGAGCAAGCUGGAGUCCCGGCUUCUACCAGGGAAACCUGCCGGACGGCGUGACGAGGUACAUCACCAACGGCGCGGGCGUGUCCGUGCCCGGUGAGAACCUGGGCUACUACUUCAGCGGCAUGCGGUCGCCGACAUGGGGCCCGAUCUACUACGAAGACUCGUCGGCCAACGUGACGGCGGACACGUUGAUCGAGGUAGACAUGUCGGUCAUGAGGAGCGAGAAGUGGACAAACACGACGCUGCCGGCCGAGAUCCAGCCGCGUGCAAACGCCGAACUGGUGUGGCUGCCCGUCUCGGACAAGGGCGUGCUGGUCGCCAUCGGCGGCGUGUCCGCGCCCGAGGAGAUCUGGGCGUCGGGACUGAACGACUCACAGACUUCCGAGAGCGAGGCGCAGAGUCCCGGGUUCAUGACCACGCUGCCCGUCUACGACAUCGCCUCCAGCACCUGGUACCUGCAAAACACCACCGGCCAAGCCCCGGGCCAGCUCACCCAGUUUUGCGCCGUCGUCGCCACGGCCAAGGACUCGUCGUCGUUCAACGUCUACAUCUACGGCGGCUACGACGGGCUCAACGCCGCCGACGAACCCUCAGACGACGUCUGGAUCCUGUCGAUCCCGUCAUUUCAGUGGAUCAAGGCGUACAGCGGGAACAAGGGUCACGGCCGCUCCGGACACCAGUGCGUCAGUCCGUACCCCGAUCAGAUGUUUGUCGUCGGCGGGGUCCAUCAAAAUCAGGCCAACUGCGUCGAGGGGGGCAUCAUCCAGAUCUUCAACCUCAACAAACUCGAGUUCCAGGACGCCUACGACCCCGAGACCUGGUCGGACUACGAGGUGCCCGCGGUCGUCACCAAAGCCAUAGGAGGCGACGCCCAAGGAGGCUCGACAAAAACCGCGGCUUGGUCAGACGGUGCUCUGGCCGGUAUCUUUGCCAAAUCGUACUCGAGACAGAUCACACACUACUACCCAUACCCUGUCAAUGGCUCGUCGACCGGUUCGUCAGACAGCGAGCACUCAGGGGUGAGCAAAGGCACCAUCAUCGGCGUCAGCGUCGCCGCCGCCGUCCUCUUCGUCCUCCUCCUCAUCCUCAUCUUCCUCCUUGUCCGGCGCCGUCGGAUCAUCAACAGCGGCUCCUCCGAAAAGUCGUCGCACUCGAGCAACAGCCGGAUCACGCGAUGGUUGAACGGGGCUUCAUGCGCCGGUGUGAGUCCGAAACGCCCACCCCACCAGAUCCGUCAAUCCUCCCAAACCACACCGCCAGAGGUUCAGCAAGUCGGGUAUUCCUCGUUGUCUGAAGAGCCGACUCCGCCACUACAACCCGUGCGGCAUGAAAUGGCCAACAACACCGAACGGCCCAAGCCCCCUUACGAGCUGGCCACGCCGUACAACAAUCUCGGCCACCCGCGUCACUCGGGGAUCGUCGACUACGCAUACAAUGCUAAUUUCGGCCACACGCACUCCAACUCGAACUCGAACUCACAGUCGACAUCGUCCGACGAAGUCUACCGCCCGUCUCCACUAAGCAACAGCCUCAACGGCACCACUCCCGCACCCAGCAGCAACAACCACGGCAACGGCAACACCGCCACAGCCGGGGCCACCGCAUCACCCCUCCGCAGCGUGCGCUUCCCCCCACCAGGCGGCACAUCCGAGAUCUCCAGCCCCAGCCAAGAGAACUCGAGCUCGUCGAACUACUCGUCGACGGGCACGGCCGAGACGCUGGCCUGGCCGUUCCCCGCGACCCAGAACAACUGGCGGGGAGGCGGUACCGGCCGGACGCCGCGCAACACGAACGCGACGCGGUUCCCCUUCGACCGCGAGCGCAGCAGCGAGAGCAGUUCCGUGCAGCCCAUCAUCGAGGAGGACGAGCAGGAAGAGCCAGGCUCGCGCCGCGAGAGCGUCGCCCACGAACUGCCCGUGGACAACGACAAGGACGAUGCGCACUGGAACCAGUACCGGCACGGCAACGAGAGCGCGAGCAGCGGGAUCGGGACGCUGCCGAGUCCCACGCGCGCAGCAGGCGAAGGAGGAGGAGGGUCCCUGCCGCAGGACGAGGACCGCAGGAGGAGUCUGUUUGGGACGAUCAGCCCCGUGAGUCCGACGGUGGGGAGAAACUGGAAGCACUAA